CUGGACUUUGGGCUUUUUCACUUUGCAAACCUGUUACAUGGACAAAAAAGAGAUAUAACUCAAUAAAGGAGAGGGGAAAAGCCAUAAUACCACCUCUUUAAACACAUGAAUCUGUUACUCCAAAUGGACUUCUAGAUUAUAUUUCAUUGCCUCAUCAGUACCCUAAACAACGAGCCCCUUAUAAAACAGCCCCCUGAGCUGUUUUAACACAGGACUGUUUCAGGUCUGAAUUCCUGCUUAAGGUGCUUACCGUGAAUUGCAAUUUCCCUGGUUCACCUUUGUUACAUGUUAUGCCUUCACUCUGGACAGAAAAUUGUGUAAUCAGCUGUUGAUGAGAUAUUGCCUAGCUGGGCUGCAAUUCUGAAGAGUUUCAGUUACAGGUUUAACUGAAAAACCACAUAAAAAGAUUCCACUUGUCACUGCUUUCAAACCAUCUCUACAGAUAACAGAUUUUUCUUUUAUGUACUAUACAAUGACCUCAGGAAAAGCCUUAGCUACAUCUGCUCAUUCCUGUAGUGAAAGUCAUAUUCAUUCUGAGCUGAUUCAUUCUGAACAUGCUUCUGUCAAUUAAUCACUCUGUUAUGAGAGUCAGACUGAUUUAUUAGAGGCCUUCACAGGAAAACCAUCUGUAAUCUGUAACCUAACACAGUGAUCCCAGCUGAUUCCUGCAUGUUAUGCGACUGCCUCCACAGACCAAAUUUUAUGAACUGCAGCCUGCCAAUAGGAUUUAGGCUGAGUUGUCUCGAGGGGGAGUGCGAGCCAGAGCGGACCAACGCCUGGGAGGGAGGUUUCAGCGUGUUCAGGCAAGACGUACUGCUUCACUUUGCCUUUUUUAUUCAUAGGUAUUCUGUAAGGAAACCUCAGAGCACUUCUUAAUUGUGCCUGACUGCCUGACAUUUUGCGUUGUUCUCCCUUCUUAUCUAAACAAUGGUUUAUAUGUUGAAGUACGACUGAAGUUGAAUGAGAAUGCAGGACAAGGCCAAGUGGGAUUCACAAAAGAAAUCAGUGGGAGACGGCAGUGAUCAAGAUGAGAAGCAGCCUCAAGAUAAGAGGGAGGCAGUGCAGAGACGAACCUUCACCAGGUGGAUGAAUGCGUUUCUGCAGAGACGUGAUCCUCCAGUUGAAGUGCGCGACCUGUUCACAGACAUUCAGGAUGGCAGAAUACUGAUGGCUUUGCUGGAGGAGCUGUCUGGGUGCAAACUACUUUACAGGUUUAGGCCGUCUUCUCACCGCAUUUUCAGACUGAACAACAUUUCCAAGGCCCUGGCAUUCCUGGAUGAUAGGCAUGUGAAGUUGCUUGGCAUUGAUGCCUCUGGCAUUGCCGAUGGCAUCCCUUCUGUUGUUCUUCACCUCGUCUGGAACAUCAUCCUGUUUUUCCAGGUAAAGGAGGUGACGGCAGGCCUCCAGAGGCAUUUGUCUUCUAGCCUCUCUUCCUUAUCAAUGAGCAGUUACCCGUCCUUCAGUGACCUCGCACCCCAGCCAAGUGACAUUGGCAGCUACUACUGCAAAACCCUGCCAAGCAAAGGCAGAAAGACUGCCAGGGAGCCAAAGUAUCAUGGGAAAGCAAUCAAAACUCUCCUGCAAUGGGUCCAAACAUGCACCUCAAAGUUUGGGGUGGAGGUGCGUGACUUUGGGAAGAGCUGGAGGAGUGGCCUGGCAUUCCUAGCUAUGAUUAAGUCCUUCAACCCAGCCUUUGUUGACCUGAGGGAGAGCUUGUCUAGAGAGCCAAGAGAAAACAUUCAGCUGGCCUUCAUGAUUGCCCAUCACAGUCUGGAUAUACCACCUCUGCUGGAGCCUGAAGACGUGUUAUGCACUUCACCAGAUGAGCAGUCCGUCAUCACCUAUGUGUCUAUGUUCCUGGGGCGUUGUUCAGGCAUACAUGAGUAUCGUACAACAAAUAUUGAAGUUCCUGACACCCCAAAUUUUGGAUCACUUGAGUCAGUCAGCUUUGGAGAGACCCUAGCUGACAAUCAAGAAGCACAAGCUUUGCUGAAAGGCUUGGAGAAGAGCAGCGAGCAGCAACUGUGGAAACGGUGGGGCAGAAUACCCCCAGGGAGCCCCUGGUCCACGUUGCUUCACACAAACGGAGCAGUUGCCCCUGGCCUCUCGUCCAGCACCGGUGACAUCUUUUUAUCCUGUCAUAGCCAAAGCAUCACUGAACAACCUGCAGGCAGCGCUGCCACCUCGCCAACCAACAAAAAGAAAAACAGGUGUCCAAGUGUUUUUCAGCCACCCAGAAUGCUGGACGCAGGUGUAGACAGCCAGGAGAUCCGACCAUGGAUGGAGAAAGUGUCUGCGGAUCAGGGUUACAGCAAGCCAAUAGUGGAGGAAAGUACAUUUUCCUUGAGCUCCGAGGAAGGAAUCUACAGCUUGUCGUCACUGGACUCAGAUGAGGAGGAGGCCUACAGCUACAUCCUGGAUCUGAAUAAAGAGGUUUUUCAACCAUAUGAUCUGCUGAAAAGGCAAGUAUCAAGGGUUGAAGAGGAAACAGUGGAAGAAAUGUUCCCGAAUGGACAGCAGACGGAAGAGCCACCACAUCUGGACAGAUGUGAAACGUUAAACAGCAGUGGAUAUAAACAUCAAGAAGGCUCACUUGCGCAAAAUGUUGAGUCAGAAAUCAGGACGUUUGAUUGGGACAACAAUGAAAGUAGUUUGAGAAAGAUGACAAACAAUAGAGCUGUGUUUGACAUGGAGACAGAGAAAGAAAGGAUAAGCAGAGAGGAAGGUGAAGAGAGAGGUGUUAGAGCACACUGUAAUUGUGAUGGUGAUAAUUGUGAGGAAGAGAAGAAGGAGAAGACAGAAAAUGCUAGGUUGGUGACGCAUGGUUAUAAUAAAACAGAGGCUCUGGUAGAUGAAGCUAAGAAAACAAAGCUUUUUGAAGUGGCUAGUUGGAAGAAAGAGGAUGAGGAAGUGAGUGGGAUGAGAGUGGCAGACAAAACGGAAGAGGAAGAAAAUGUGACGACCGUUGAGGAAGGGCAAGGCAGAAAGUUAGGGGGAAAAAACGAGGAAACGGAUUGUGUAAAGGAGGAACGGAGGAGAAACCAGCCAUAUGUUGUGAAUUCAAGUUUCAAGGUAGGAGUAAAUGAUAAAAUAUUAAUUGCCAAGGCUGUAUGUAAAGUCAGAGGAGCCGGUGCAACUAGAAUUAGCACAGAAGUAGACAAUGACAGCAAAGACAAUGAUGCCAGAAUGGAAGAUCUGACUUGGGAAGAUGAAGACAAGAAAGAAUACAGUGAUGAAGUGAUGAAUUCAAUGGAUUUUGAGGCAGUUAUAACAGCAGAGGAGAAAGACAGGGAAGUAAAGAUUAAGAGACGUAAACUGACUGACAAGAAGGCAACAACAAAAGAAAAUCCUGGUAAAACCACCCCCCAAAAUGGCGCUAAUGGAGAUGUUAACAUCCAUGGUGGUGGCAAUAGCUGGACUGCUGCCUCCAGUGCAACUUCUCAGUCAUUCAGCCCCAAGUACACCGCCUCACCUUCAACCAUUGAUUUAACAAUUGCUGAGAGGGAGGAUUCAUUCUGCAAUCUUUAGCAGCCUCUCGUGACAUAACCCCAUUAGAGUUGGAAUUGCUCUUGGUCCUGUGGAUCCUGCUCUACUGCUGCCUCAUCCUACCUCAAAUUUACCUCUGAGUCCCCCUGCAGUACACUCUUCUUAUUAAGAUAUGCUUAUUAGCCCAGUUUUCCACUAAUGAGCCAAACAGGGACACUAAGGGCUGGGUUUACUCUUUAUCUGUGUCACUAAAUUUCCCUUAAGGCAACAUUUAAUGAUUGUUUGCUUCUUGGUGCCAGCAGAAAUAAUUUGUCAUUUGAGCUAUAGUUUCAGAUAAACACAUAACGCUGUUAUCCCCAUUAUUAUGCAUUUUUUCAGCCACUUGGUUACAAUACGGAAAUUAUUAGUCAUGGUUUGUGAGGUAUUUUUUGCUGAAUGCAUGUCCAAAAUGCUCUGUUUUUUAAUUUAUUCUUCUGGCAGAAAUGCUCCUUUCAAUUUCAGUUAAUGUUAUCAACCACAUGGUGGCAUCGCAGCUUCACAGCAGUGACUGUCACACACAACAGGAUGUCUUACAGCAUUCUGUUGACUGCUGAGAAUCCCAUAUGACCUACUGUUUAAUUAGAAGCUGUAUUGACAUGGUGAGAUUAAGCUGAUAAUUUUUAAUGAGCACUUUGACAUUUCGCAGGCUCUCACUGUGUCACUUGUGGCUUAGAAUGUAUACUGUUUCAUUGUUUUAAUCUCUGAUACUGUAUGAUAAUUAAGGCUUAUCAACAGCGCAGGCGUUCUUCAUGAUAUCUUUGUGACUACAAAUAAUAAAACAAAUACUUGUUCGGUGUCAUA